AUGGCUAACGUGUCGUACCAAAUCGCUCAUUUGCUCGAAAAAAUGACUUCGAGUGACAAAGACUUCCGGUUUAUGGCUACCAACGAUCUGAUGUCAGAGUUGCAGAAAGACAGCAUUAAAUUAGACGAUGAUUCUGAACGUAAAGUAGUGAGAAUGUUGCUAAGGUUGCUAGAAGACAAAAAUGGUGAAGUUCAAAAUCUUGCCGUUAAGUGUUUGGGCCCACUUGUUAAUAAAGUAAAAGAAAACCAAGUGGAAACUAUCGUUGAUGCACUCUGUACAAAUAUGAUAUCUGAAAAUGAACAAUUGAGAGACAUUUGUAGUAUUGGAUUAAAGACUGUUAUAAGUGAGCUGCCUAUCACUAAUACUUCAUUAGCUGCGAAUGUGUGCCGGAGGAUUACUGGAAAAUUGACUAGUGCUAUUGAAAAGCAAGAUGUAUCCGUACAGUUGGAAGCUUUAGACAUACUUGCUGAUUUACUAUCAAGAUUUGGAUCAUUGUUAUUAGAUUUCCAUAGUGGUAUACUAAAAUCAUUAUUGCCUCAACUUAACUCUUCUCGCCAAGCAGUAAGAAAAAGGACUAUUGUUGCACUUGGUCAUUUAGUUUUGUCAUGUAAUCAACUACUAUAUAUUAAACUUAUUGAUUAUUUGGUUAAUGAUCUAUCAGUACAACAACCAGCAGCAAGAUCUAAAACAUCGAUACAGUGUAUAGCAGCUAUAUGUCGUCAAGCUGGCCAUCGGUUUGGAGUUCAUAUUGAUCGUGUUGUCCCAUUAAUAAAAGGACCAUUAGUGGAAAAUUCUGCAGAAGAUGAUGAAUUACGCGAAUACUGUUUGCAAGCCUUUGAUGCUUUUGUUAACCGCUGUCCCAGUGAAACUGCAGCUUAUACUAAUGAUAUAAUUAAGCUAUGCUUGGAGUAUUUGGCAUAUGAUCCAAAUUAUAAUUAUGAUGACAAUGGUGAAAAUGGUGAUGAGAAUUUAAUGGAUACUACUGAUGGUGAAGAUUUGGAAGAUGAAUAUAUUGAAGAUGAUUAUUCAGAUGAUGAUGAUAUGAGUUGGAAGGUUCGGAGGUCAGCUGCCAAAUGUUUAGAAGGUAUAAUUAUAACCAGAAAGGAUUUGAUUGCAGAUAUGUAUAGAAAUGUUUCAAAAUCAUUGAUACAGAGAUUUAAAGAAAGGGAAGAAAAUGUUAAAAGUGACAUAUUACAUGUGUACAUGACAUUGUUGAAACAAACAAAGUUGACUAGUAGUAAUACGACAGCUGACAUGGCCGAUGAGGAUUCAGCUAUGUUCCUUCUUCAAUCCCAAGUUCCUGCAAUUGUUAAAGCUAUACAUGCUCAAAUGAAAGAACGGAGUGUUAAAACUCGUACUGACUGCUUAGCUUUGUUGAAAGAACUUGUCAUUGUUCUUCCUGGUGCACUUACCAAUCACAUAGGAACUUUGAUUCCUGGAAUUCAAUAUUCUCUAAGUGACAAAAAGUCUAGUAGUAACAUGAAAAUUGAUACAUUAUCAUUUAUUUACUGCGUGUUGACAUCGCAUACUCCUGAAAUCUUUCAUCCCUGGGUAGAGCAAUUAAUUCCACCCAUUAUAACUGCCGUUGGUGAUCCAUUUUAUAAGAUCACUGCAGAAGCACUGAUUGUUCUACAGGAAAUGGUUAAAGUCAUUCGUCCUUUAGAUAAUAAACUAGAGUUCAAUUUUGAGGUAUACGCUGUACCGUUGUAUAAUUGUACAUACGCUCGUUUAAAAACAUCAGAUAUUGACCAAGAAGUAAAGGAACGCUCAAUUUCUUGUAUGGGACAAAUAAUUUGCAAUUUAGGUGAUGUAUUACAAAAUGAGUUGCAAGUUUGUUUACCCAUAUUCUUGGAUCGUUUACGCAAUGAAAUUACUAGACUUACAACUGUUAAAGCACUUAUUAAAGUCGCUGGGUCCCCAUUGAAAAUUGAUUUAACAUCUAUUCUGACUGAUGGUGUAUUAAUUUUGGCGUCAUUCCUUCGAAAAAAUCAGAGAGCAUUAAAAUUGAGUACUUUAACUUUACUUAAUAUGUUGCUAAAUAAUUUUCAUGCUGAUUUUUCUGCUGAUUUAUUAAAAAAGAUACUUAUUGAAUUACCACAGUUAAUUAAUGAAUCAGAUUUACAUAUUGCUCAGUUAACACUUUCUUUACUUACAACAAUAAUAAAAAUCCAACCGUUUGCUAUGUCAUAUUCCUCUAGCAUUAUUAUGCCAGAAAUUAUGACUUUAACCAAAUCUCCAUUAUUGCAAGGCGCAGCCUUGAAUGCUAUUUUAUUAUUCUUCCAAUCUCUGGUUGCUACAAAUGUUCCACAGUUUGGAUACCAAGAGUUAGUAACACUUUUAAUAUCACCAUUGAUGGCUCAGCCAGUUGGCACUCCGGCUCUAACUUUACAUAAACAAGCUUACCAUUCGUUAGCCAAGUGUGUAGCAGCUCUAACAGCCACACAGCCAACUCAAGCAAUGGGUAUUAUAAACAGUUUCAUGUCCGAAUUGAUUAAUCCAACUAACGACCAACAGCAUAUUUUUUCGUUGCUAGUAAUUGGUGAAGUUGGAAGACAUAUAGAUUUAAGUUCUGUAGUUAACUUGAAGGAAACUAUAUUGCAAUCAUUCUCGUCGAAUUCCGAAGAAAUAAAAUCAUCAGCAAGUUACAGUUUAGGUAGCAUUUCUAUUGGGAAUUUAGAGCAAUAUUUGCCUUUCAUAUUAAGAGAGAUUGAUAUGCAACCUAAACGUCAAUAUUUACUAUUACAUUCCUUAAAAGAGAUCAUCACAUUUGAGUCGUCUACACCUAAUGGCAUUGAAAACCUGAAACCUUUCGUCCCAGCUAUUUGGCAACAACUAUUUAAACACUGUGAAUGUACAGAAGAAGGUUCACGUAAUGUGGUUGCUGAAUGUUUAGGAAAACUUACAUUAAUCGAUCCAUAUAGCUUAUUGCCAAACUUGCAGUUAUCAUUGUCCUCGUCAUCUGCACUUAUGAGAACCACAUUAUUGACAGCUGUUAAAUUCACCAUAUCUGAUCAACCACAACCAAUUGACAUGUUGCUUAGACAGAAUAUGGAUCAGUUUUUGAGUGCUCUUACCGAUCCAGAUAUAAAUGUUAGGCGAGUAACAUUAAUUGCUUUUAAUUCGGCUGCACAUAAUAAGCCAUCUUUGGUCAGGGAUCUACUCGAUACUGUACUCCCUAAACUAUACGCAGAGACCAUUGUUAAGAAAGAACUCAUACGAGAAGUAGAAAUGGGUCCAUUUAAGCAUACUGUUGAUGAUGGGUUAGAUAUAAGAAAGGCAGCCUUUGAGUGUAUGUAUACAUUGUUGGACUCAUGUUUAGACCGUCUAGACAUAUUUGAAUAUCUUAAUUAUUUGGAGAAUGGACUACGUGAUCAUUAUGACAUUAAAAUGCUCACAUACCUAAUGGUUUCAAGGAUGGCUCAAAUCGUACCAAGCGCUGUAUUACAAAGGUUGGAUAAAAUUGUUGAACCUUUAAAACAAACAUGCAUGUUGAAAAUUAAAGCAAACUCCGUGAAACAGGAGUUUGAAAAAAUGGAAGAACUCAAAAGAUCCGCUAUGCGAGCAGUCUUAAAUUUACAAACUAUACCCGAUUCUGAUAAAAAUCCACAUAUGAGCGACUUUGUGUGUCAAAUUAAAAGCUCGCCUGAAUUGAAUGCUAUUUAUGAAACGGUUCAAAAAGACUCUUCGGGGGCGGCAUCUGAUAAUCAUACUACGCCUAUGGAGGUUGGCGAAUAA